GCACCCACUUGCUCCCUCCUCCCUCCUUUCCCAGUCCUUUAUAACCAGCCGGCAGCCUCAAAAUAAAAUCAGAAAGCUGAGGAAAAAGUCCCUCGGAGGCUCUAUCGUAUCUAAACGCAGCCACACAGCCACAGGAAGUGGGAGACAGAGAGUUUAUUGUGGGUCAUUUUCAGAGGAGCGAAGCGUAUUAAAAGCCUCCAUCAACAGAGAGAAGGUAGAUACUCUAAACAGUGAUUCAGCCUCAGAUCCGUCCACAGAUAACUCCUGGGAAAGGUCGACCAACCGGCAGCCACGAUGGGAUGCUUUGGAUUCCUCAAAGUCAUGAUGUUUCUCUUCAACGGGAUCAUCUUUCUGGCGGGCGCUGCCAUCCUGGGCGUGGGGAUCUGGGUGAAGGUGGACAGCGGCUCCAUCUUCACCUUCCUCGGGAAGAUCGACAACGCGCCGUCGCAGCUGAGCCAGGUGCUCAACGUGGGCUACCUGCUGAUCGCCAUCGGAGCUCUGCUGCUCGUCAUCGGCUUCCUGGGCUGCUGUGGAGCCGUCAGAGAGAGCAAGUGUAUGCUGAUGCUGUUCUUCAUCAUAGUCCUGGUGGUGUUUAUAGCGGAGGUUGCAGGAGCGAUCGUGAUUCUGGUAUUCAGACCCUUGACCGACGACUUGUUCAACAAGCUCGGCACGGCAGCAGUUCAGAACAUCAGGAAGGACUACGGGCAGAAUCCCGACGUCACCGGACUGUGGAACACCACAAUGAACUCGUUACAAUGUUGUGGAUUCUACAACUCCUCCGACUUCGUGGGCUCUCCGUAUUAUGUGAACAACAACAACGGCUUUCCUCCACAGUGCUGCCCAGGCAUGACCAGCACAUGUUCUGGAAAUACCAUGACGAUCACCGGCUGCUUCCCAAAGAUCAAGAAGCUGAUUGAUGAUAACACGGUGGCCAUUGUGGCGGUGGCCCUGGGAAUUGCAGUGCUGGAGAUCUGCGCCAUGGUUGUCUCCAUGAUCCUCUUCUGCAGAAUAAAGUCCAUGGGGGGGGACUAACUGCAGAUGGCGACGGCCCAAUGAGGAUCUGUGUAAUCACUGGAGUCUUUCUACUUCCUGUUGGCCUCUAGAGGAGAGAAGGAGCUGAGCCUUUAUGUUGCAAACAAUGCCUCAUCAAUAAAGACAGUUAAUGUCAGAUUUUGUGCAAUCAGAAUUACUGAACGACAUAACAAGUCUAUUUUUACCACAUUUAAAUCUAUGUAAUAGAUGCUGUAUAUGAAUGUACCUGAUUAUUUCUUAAGAAGCCUUUACACACUGCCUACUUCAGCAGAGAUCAUUUAUACACACAGCCAGUUAACCAGUCCCUCCAGAAAAACGUGAUUAUGCGAUCGCAUAAUUCAUAAUUACUGUUUUUUCUUUUUCAUCAAACUGCAGUUUUUGCAAGUUCCUCCAAUUUCAUCGCAUAAAAUUGCAUAAAUAUCAUAUAUAGCAUAUUCCAUUGCAUUUUUUAAGAAAACGUGCCGCAUAAUCAAGGAUUUUUACCCUCAACAAUCACAAAAAAACAAAUUUUUCUGGAAGGACUGAUUAAUAUGGAGUGGCACGAUAACUCUGUUUAUCGUGAUAAUGAAACAAAGGCUGGCCUUUUAGACCCAGAAAUCUACACUAGUGAGAAUGUUGUUGCUACGAUGCAGCUUGUAACAUAGCAACAGAAAUUAUGCUUUCUUUGUAUGUAUCUUGUAUGGUGAUCGAUUUUAAAAUAAAGUGCAAAGUAUUUCUA